CAAUUUUCAAGUCUCUGAGCUCGAUACUUCCUUCACCCAUAGUCUGUCACUCCUUGCGAUACAGGUGCAUCACAAUGGCCGACUCAGCGGCAUCCAAGGUACCUGCUCCCAUGGGACCGCCGACAGACGGACAGGAUGCAGUUAGACGUCGCGAAAGCUUCAGCUCCCAGAAUUCGCAAACAGCCAGAGAGUACAUUGAAUCGCAAAUUCGUCUCGAAGCCGAUGCGCGCGAAAUCCUUCCAUAUUCUUUUGAUUCUUGCAGCAAAGACUUAGGACCCCUUCGUCAAUCCCUCUUCGCCUGUCUAACCUGUAACCCGCCUCCUACCGCAUCGUCCAAAGAUGAUGGGUCGUACACCCCAGCCGCCAUGUGUUAUUCCUGCUCCAUCGCCUGCCACGGCGAGCACACUCUCGUCGAGCUUUUCAGCAAACGCAACUUUGUCUGCGAUUGCGGAACGACUCGCAUGCCUUCUACCUCGCCCUGCACGCUGCGCAACGAUCCCAAGACCGGCACGAAGGGCGUACACUCCGAAGAACCCCACCCGGGCAACAAAUACAACCACAACUUCCAGAACAAGUUCUGCGGUUGCGGCGAGGACUACGACCCCAACCAGGAGCGAGGGACUAUGUUCCAGUGCCUAGGUGUCGGGACCGUCGAGACAGGCGGUUGCGGCGAGGACUGGUGGCACCCGGAAUGCCUGAUCGGACUUUCGCGCGACUGGUACAAGAAUGCAAAGAAAGAGGUGAAGAAGGAGAUGAAACCCGAGGAUGGGACAGCAGCUGAGGGUGAUGGUGAUGACGACGAUGAUGAAGAGACGCCGCUCCCACCCAAUUUCCCCGAGGAGGGCGAUUUCGACAUGUUCAUCUGCUACAAAUGCGUUGACUCGAAUCCGUGGCUGAAGCGCUACGCGGGCACAACUGGGUUCCUGCCCCCGGUCUUCAAAGAAGGAGGACUAUCCAAACCGGCCAGCAGCUCCGAACCCAAUCACGCCGAAGCAGAAGCAGCGAACCAAGAACCGACUUCCACGGAGCCAUCCAGGCCCAUCACCACCGACGCACAAUCCGAGCCCGUCAACCUCAAGAAACGCAAAGCCGACGACGACGACGACGACGACAACGUCGAAGCAGAACCAAAUAGCGAGCCCGCCGCAAAGCGCACCAAAGACGAGGCAACAUCCGAAACAACCCCCGCAACAGCUAACGACGAAGUGACAGCACAACCCAACAACACCGACACCAAGCCCUCUUCCUCCACCUCCCAAUUCGAAUCACAACAACAAGACCAACAACCCGCACAACCCAAACACACCACCCUCCCUACCAACCCGCCCCCAGAAUCCUUCUCCCUCUUCCUCACCGAAACCUUCCGCGACCACCUCUGCCGCUGCCGCGACUGCUACCCACACCUCUCCGCGCACCCGCAACUCCGCGAGGAAGAAGAAGCCUACGAACCGCCCGUGUCGGAGGCCGGCGACGGCGACGGCGCCCGCAGCACCGGCACAGCCAGCCUGCUAGACCGCGGCGAGGCGGCGCUCAGCAACAUCGACCGCGUGCGGGCCCUCGAGGGCGCCAUGGUCUACAGCCACCUGCGCGACAAGGUGAAGGAGUUCCUGAAACCCUUCGCCGAGAGCGGUACUGCCGUCGGCGCGGACGAUAUCAAGGCUUACUUUGAGAAACUGCGCGGCGAUGAUCUGCAUAUGCGUGCCGCUGCGGCGGGGGGAUCGGCUUCUUCGGGGGGUGGUGGUGGUGGGGAUGGAGAUGGAGAUGGGAAUGGGAAUGGGAAUGGGAGUGGGGGUGGAGGUGGGGAUACGCGGAGGGAGCAGAAUGGUUUUAUCUCUUCCGGGUUCGAUACGAGCUGGAUAAUUGUGAUUCGGGAGUGGGCGAUCUAUGGGAUCUGA